CUACACUGCUCGAGGCACGUGUAUUAUCGCUCGAGCCUCGAUACGUCACGUUUUGACGCUUAUCGAAUUCAAUAUGGCCGCGCUGUGUACAAGAGAUUGAUGAGGACGUCAAUCAAUAUUAUCGUGUGAACGGUGAUAACGCGAUUGAUUGUUCUCCGUGAUGACUGCCAACUAUUAUUUCGCGAUCGUCGGCCAUGCCGAUAACCCAUUGUUCGAGAUAGAAUUCAAUAAUGCUGGAAAAGACGCGAAGAAAGAGGACCAUUCGCACUUAAAUCAAUUCAUUGCUCACGCGGCACUUGACCUCGUGGACGAGCAUACGUGGAAAACAACGAACAUGCACCUGAAAGUUGUGGAUAAGUUCAACCAAUGGUUCGUCAGCGCGUUUGUGACAGCGACGCACAUUCGAUUUGUUAUGGUGCACGACAGUAAAAACGAAGACGGAAUUAAAAACUUUUUUAACGAGAUGUACGAGACCUACAUAAAGUACUCCAUGAAUCCAUUUUACAAAUUGAACACCCCCAUUAAAUCCUUGGGAUUUGAGAAGAAAGCACAGUUAUAUGGAAGAAAAUAUUUAUCAUCAUAAUGGAAUCUAACUUAGAUUGUAGGAUAAAACAACUGUCUUUAGUUAAAAAUUAAGCUUUACAAAAAUAAGAAUAGUUAUAAAUUUAUUUCUUCUCAAUGUAUAUAGAAUUCCAUAUAUUGAUUAAAUAAGAAUAGUUAUAAUUAAUUUUUUUUUCAAUAUAUAUAGAAUUCCAUAUACAAAAAAUGUACUGUUAAUUUAUAUGUAAUAUAUUGAUCAUAUUGACUUCUAGAUUCAAAUUGUUCUUCAAUACAAUUUUUAUAAUUAGCAUUUUGUUCACACAUGUAGUACAGUUUUGUAUUGCUCAGACAUGAAAACAGAUUACAUAGCAUACACAAAUCAACUGUAGACACUUAGAUUUAUUAUAACUAUUGCUACAAUUGUAAUAAUUUGACAACUAACGUUACAGA